GGCGGGCACUCUUGGCCGGGUUGAUGUGUCCUCACCCAUGCGAAACUCCAGGGCUUAGGACAAAUCUCGUUUGAAAAGUGAUUUGCGGGGGGUUGCGGUCACUUUCUCUCAGUGUCCAAUUGGGCCGCUAUGUGGGCAGCUCGCGCUCAACUGACAUCAGCUUCUCGAGCCUUGUAUGUGAGAGGAAGUGAUGGAGGUGGUGUCUUCGGGGGUGAUGUGGUGGAAAAAGCGGGUGCGGGAGGUGCCGGGGGGGGCCUGGUGGUGGGGGUGGAGGAGUCGAUCGUGGUGGAGCAUGCGAGAGAGGAGGUCAGCAAGGGGCAUGUCGGGUUCGUGGGCGAGGGCGGUUGCAAGGUCUUUGUGGCAUACUCGUUUGAUGCGGGAGAUGAACGCAYAGUCGGGAAUGACGGUGUGGGGGAGGUGGUGUCGGAGGGAGCGGACGUACUGGACGAAGCGGUCCGUGGGAGCGGUCUGGCGGAGGUGGCAGAAUUGUUCAAGGUAGUCGUCAAUGGUUUUCUGGUGGCGGAAGGUGGCAGUGAGGAGGAUGGCCCAUUGGAGGAAGGUGUGGCGUGGUCCUCCGGAGGCUCGGCGGUUGCUAGCUUCAGCCAUCCACCAUUUGGCUGCAUUGCCGAGGAGGCGGGAGGUGGCAAUGGGGAGCCAGUGGGCAAGGGGCAUGUGGUGGAGUUGAAAUGAGUUCUGAAGCUGGGUUAGGAAGAGGAAAACAUCCUCGUGGGGGAGGCCGGAGAAGGACAUGAUUUCGCCAGAUCGGAAGGAACGGGGGAUUUCCCCGUCGCG